UGACAAAAUGGAACCCACCAGCAGUGUGAGGAGACCUGCAAAGUGGCACAUGGAGAGUGUGGCGUGGAGACAGCAGCAAUGGGAGGCCGUAAGGGGGACCCAUGAGACCCAUCUGGACCUGGCAGCAGCAUGAUGGAGGCGGUUACGGGGGCCCAUGGCAGACAAGAUUACGGCCUGGCAGCAGCAAUGGGAGGCCCGUAAGUCUGCCAGCACCCUAUGACAAAAUGGAACCCACCAGCAGGUGUGAGGAGAACCUGAAAGUGGCAACAUGGCCAGAGUGUGUCGAUGGAGGACAGCAGCAAUGGGAGGCCGUACAGGGACCCAUGAGACACUCAGGACAUGAGCAGACU